AUGGCCGAAGACAUGCAGAUCAAUCCCCAGCGCGCAAAACAAUUAGCAGAAAACGUUGCGAGCAUCUCGUCACGCAUCAGUGCAGCAAGUAAAGGCGGCCAACAGGUCCGCCUCAUAGCAGUAUCGAAGCUGAAGCCCGCAAAUGACAUCCUCUCUCUUCAUCAAUCUCCCAACCCUCUACAUACCCACUUCGGCGAGAAUUAUGUCCAAGAGCUCCUCGAGAAAUCCAAGCUCCUCCCACGCUCGAUACGAUGGCACAUGAUCGGAGGUCUGCAGUCGAAUAAAUGCAAGCAGCUAGCCGAGCAAAUACCAAAUCUGUGGUGUGUAAGCAGCGUAGAUAGCGAGAAGAAGGCGAACGAGCUAGAGAAAGGCCGCAAGGCGCUGCUGGAAAAACAAGAAGAUGCUGCAAAGCUGCGAAUCAUGGUCCAAGUCAACACGUCCGGGGAAGAGGCAAAAUCUGGCGUCGAGCCCUCAGACGCACUCUCGUUGUGCCAGCACGUCGUCGACAAAUGUCCGCAUCUGCAGCUCACGGGCCUUAUGACCAUUGGUGCAAUUGCGAGGAGUAAAGAGACGACGCCAGAGAAUGAGAACGAGGAUUUUGUGUGCUUGAGGGAGACGAGGGAUAAAGUGGCCAAGGAGUUGGGUUGGGAAGAGGGUAGGCUAGAGCUAAGUAUGGGGAUGAGUUCGGAUUUUGAGGGAGCUAUUGGCCAGGGGAGUAGUGAGGUUAGAGUGGGGAGUGAUAUCUUCGGGGAGAGGCCGCUGAAGAAGGAUGCUGUUGUCAAGGACGCGGCGGCGGAAGAGAAGAGCUAA